AUGUGUGAAGCAAAACCAAGGCCUAGAAACUCCGCCCUCGGAGUCUUCAAGGAGAUCUUCAACUGGUACCCGUCUCACUAUCCGGCUGAGGAGAGAAGGUUACUAUUCAAACUAGACCUGUCAAUCUUGGUCUUUGCUUGCCUGUGCUUUUUUGUCAAAUACCUGGAUCAGACAAAUAUCAGCAAUGCCUACGUUAGCGGUCUCAAAGAGGAGUUCUCCCUCUACGGGAAUGAACUGAAUUACUUCAAUGUUUGCUAUUUCACAGCCUAUGUUGUUUUUCAAGUACCUGGUCUGCUGUUGAUGUCCCGUCCCAAACUAGCCCGAUGGCUACUUCCUGGACUCGAGAUAUUAUGGGGUAUCUGCACCUUCGCUCAGAGUCGCGUCACCAGUGUCAACCAGAUCUAUGCGCUGCGUUUCCUAGUUGGUAUGCUGGAAGCACCUGUCUUCGCGGGAACACAUUUUAUUCUCGGUUCUUGGUAUUCGGGGCCAGAGCUCUUUAAGCGCGCCGGGACAUGGUUCAUCUGCAAUCCACUGGGUACUAUGGUCAGUGGCUAUCUCCAGGCAGCUGCCUAUACCAACCUCUCCGGUAUUAGCGGUAUGCCAGGCUGGAGAUGGCUCUUUAUCAUUGAUGGCAUCUUCACCAUUCCCGUGGCCUUGAUUGGCUUCUUCAUAUUUCCGGGUAUUCCAGACUCACCGCGACCCUUCUAUCUAACAGAAGGCGACAUAAACUUGGCCAAGGAGAGACUGCGUAGAGCGAAGGUCCGUCGACCAGGGAAGCUGAAUGCAGAUGUCUUUAAGCGCAGCUUGAAACGCUGGCAUAUUUGGGUUUUCAUUUUCUGCUAUGCGUGCAUGAUUAUUUCCUCCUAUCCUAUGGGUUAUAUGAAUCUGUGGCUCAAGGCUGAGGGUUAUUCGGUCACCCAAAUCAAUCAACUACCCACGGUCACUUAUGCAAUUACUAUCGUUGCCUCAUGGCUUGGAAGUACACUUGCAGCCAUCUACCCUGAAUGGGUGAUUUUCUCAAUUGGUUCGGUUUGCUGCUUCUUCUCGACGAUUUGUAUGAUUGUGUGGUUUAUUCCCACCGGGUUAAAAUUUGUUGCAUGGUAUCUUUUCGGCGUCUCUGGUUGCCUGAGUCCCAUCUUGUAUUCAACCGUGAAUACGAUUGUCAAGGAUGACUCUGAAGAGAGGGCAUUGAUUCUGGGCUCUAUGAUGACCUUUGGCUACUCCUUCAACAUCUGGGUCCCACUUCUGCUUUUCCCAACUGCAGGCCCUAAUGGCGCUCCCCGGUGGAAGAAGGGGUGGCCCGUGGCUUUUGUUUUCUACUUUUUGCUCUGGGCGGGCUUCGUGACCGCUGUGAUCAUCCAUCGACGUGAAAAACGAAAAGAAGCUGCACUGGCCGCCCAGGCCGCGCAGGAAAGCACGGACGAGGACGUGGAAACCAUCAUUGUUGACCGGGAUGCGCAUGCUAAAGCCGGGCCACAGGAUUAA